AUGGAUUGGUUCUCAUGGCUGUCAAAAACUGGCCUAGAGCCCUCACUUGUUUAUGAGUAUGGUCUUGCUUUUGCUCACAAUGAGCUGGAAGAAGAAGACAUAGUCUACUUCAACCAUGAGUUUCUUCAAAGCAUGGGAAUUUCCAUAGCCAAACACAGGCUGGAGAUCCUCAAGCUUGCUAGAAAAGAAAAGGGAACAAGUCCGCGUCCCAUUCGAAAGCUCUUGGUGGCAAUCAAGAGGACCAGGAGGUGCUUAGCUGGGUACGUAAGGACGUGGAUUCGUCGCGAACAAGACGCAACAGCUCUGGCGCUUGUGACAAGGCCAAGCAAUUACAGGUCAAGGUUUAGAGGCGCCAUGUUGAAGAGGAACAAGAAGAUUAUCAUGGCCAACAACCAAGGCAGCAGGUUGUUGCUCACAAAUGGUAGCCCAGUGGUGGUUUCUGGGCCUCAUGUCGAUAGCUUUUCGAGUCCUGUGGUUUAUGAUCUUCAAAAGGAAGGAAAGAUGGACGGUGAUGAUCAAUAUAAUGAUGAUGGUUAUUGGUCGACUGGGGUUGAAGAGAUCAGGUGGGAUACUAUGUUCCAGGACUUGAAACCCACAUGA